AUGGCCAACCAUGGAUAUGAUAGCUCUUCUAGUGAUGAGACAGGUGCUAACAUAAUGUUUUUAGAAAUGUUCGAAAGCUACCAAAAGAAAAAAGCAGCAAAGAAGAAGGAGAAGGCCUUGAUGGUUGUCCACGGGGAACAAAUUGUCCCUUUCAAUGAUUACUUCAAACAAAAACCUGAUGCCAUUGAAAAGCUUAAUUUCUCACCACAAGUGAAGAUGACAGCCGCCUUGCGUAUGCUUACAUAUGGAACAGCAACUGACCUCAAUGAUGAUUACUUGAAGAUAGCAGAGACCACAUCAUUUGAAGCUUGCAAGAGAUUUUUGUCAUGCAGUCAACCACUUAUAAGGAGUUGA